UGGAGCAUGCGCAGUGCUCCUGUCAUGGCGGCGCCCACUGUACGGAGAGCCGAUUGAUCUUACGGAGUAGCCGGAGGCGAUCAUCUCUACUGGCGAUCGUGGCGCCGCUAUGAGUGCAGCAGUGUGAUCUCUGCGACAGGUUAUUGAGAAGCUGAAGACACCGCGAUUGUCCUCCCUGAAGACAUGUCCACUCGCACUUACCCAAUGUCUGUGACGUUCCAUGACGUGGCGGCCUGCUUCUCCGCCGAGGAGUGGGUGGGGCUGGAGGACUGGCAGAAGGACCUGUAUAAGAAGGUGAUGCUGGAGAUCCACUCUGCACUGGAGGCCAUGGGCUUUGAGAUCCUGAACCGCGAUGUCUUGUUCUGCAUUAAGAAGGUGAAGGACCUGUACAUGGACGUCUGUGAGAAGGACCGAGCCAACAGCGGUGCAGCCUCCUCUCCCAGAGAUCCAAGCCGAAUCAUGGGGCUGAAACAAGAGCGGGGGGCCCACCUGGUCUCCUGCCAGAAGAAGGGAGCCAAGUCCACCUCUCACCCAGCCUGCGGCCCCGACUUACUGCUGAGGAUCCAGCAGGACGACCAGACGCAGCAGAGCCCUGCCCACAUCAGCGCUGAGCCGAUCCUCACCUCCGUCUUCUCACUGCAGAACGAUGAGGAGGAGCUUCACCCGGCGGAUGCUGCCGAGAGCCGCCCCAUUCCCGCACACAGACGGUUGUCAUCGCAAGCGAUCAAACAAGAGAAGGUGGAUUAUGUCAAGGUGUCGGUGGGAGGCCACGGGUCCAACGGCACCACGGCGACCCCUACAGGACGGCCUUCAUCCCAGCUAAUGAAAUAUGAAGACCUGGACUACAUGAAGGUGCCAGUGGGGGGCCCCGGGUCAGACGGUGCAGGAGCCACAUCUAGAGGCCAGGUGACCACCAAGCCAAUCAAGCAAGAGGAACCAGAGUAUAUCAAGGUGUCAGUUGGAGCGCAAGGACUGGUCAAUACCACAGUAUCAUCAAGAGACAAUAAUGCAGCCUCCAGGAUGCAAGAGAUGACGGAAAUGUGGAUAAACCAGACGUCUGAAGACACAGAAACCACUGAACGUUCCAACCAAGAGAACAGACGAGAGGUCACAGCGGUAGACGGGCCAGCUGGCACACAUUGCUUCCUCAAUGGCUCAUACUAUAGGUGGAGCAGUUGGCACAAUCACGUCGGCAUCCUGUCACCUCUGCCCCAGCACCGAAGAGAGAGGCCAUACCAGUGCAAUGAAUGUCCUAAAACCUUCUCUGACCUAUCCCGUUUCCUCAGACAUCAGAUCAGUCACACAGGGGGAAGACCGUACCACUGCCGUCACUGCGUGAAGACUUUCAGACAACCCUACGAGCUCAUGGUUCACCAGAGAGUUCAUACAGGGGAAAAGCCAUACCAGUGCACAGUGUGUGGCAAAAAGUUCAUCAAGAACUCAAUCCUGAAGGUUCAUCAGCGAAUUCACACAGGAGAACGGCCGUACAAGUGCACUCAGUGCUCCAAGAGCUUCGUCCAGUCCCAUCAUCUGAAGACUCACCAGCGGACCCAUGUAGGCGGCAGGCUGCAGAACUUCUAGAGGGACCUCAAGACUAGGAGACUUUUCUGGGGGGUCAGGGGAUGUUGAUCAGAAUCAUUGAUUAAAUAUGAGGUCCCUUAAUUCCACUGAGAAAGAAUGAAAGGAGUCGAAAGUUAAAGAUCAUGGUGAUGAGAAGCAAUGAAAGGGAUUUGAACACCUGUAAAUGUCCUAAUAAAGACAAGAGGUUGUAAUUACACCUGAUAACCAACCCCACAACCAUUUACAAUUACCUUUAUGGAAAUUCACCCCUUGAGUCAUAACAGAUUAAGGUCUGGUUCUACAUUUUUCUUUCGGGGAUCGGUACAAAUUUCCACUAGGAAAAUCUUGCCUAUUCUUGACGAUAUCUAGUCUCUUUACUGGCCAACGUAUUUGAAUUCGGACUGGUGGGCAGCUUGAUAUAGGUUUGGCUUUGGGUCAGCUCCGUUGACUUACAGGACUUAUCAAGAGGUCCUACAUGACCACCAUAGAUUUUGGAAGUGUUGUCUAUCCUAAAAACCUCCUGAUCUGGAGAGAAUGAGAAAGAAAAUUAGAUGGUAAUAAUAAUGAGGGGCAUAUCUCUCGGGGUGCAGAGGAGGCAUUCAGCCUCACCUUGGCUGACGAGGAGCACUAGACGAUAUUCACCUGCCCUACAGUCGGCCUUUGCGCAGGCUGACAUCAGAGAACAAUAAGGCUGGGGCUACGUGACAGCGCAAGUCACACAAUCUUGGGAGCUGCUACUCGUCUAUAUACAAGUCUCGUGAAUUUUGUUGGAAUCUUCUAUGCUUUUUACAAGAAACUGGACGUGUGGGGUCUGGUGGGACAUUUCAGUAGAGAAUAUUCUUCUUGGUAGACCUGAACUGCUUUCUGCCAGGACACCAUCACCAGGACUCCUGUCCAACUGCCUUAGCUUCAUCAUUUGGAUUCUCAGCUAAGAAACUACUUCACUUCACCGGGAUCUUUGCUGGGUAUUUUGGAUAUCUCCUGGUGUCUCCAGAGACCUCGGACAUCUUAUCCCUCCCAUCUUGCUCGAUGAAGGUGACACUCAACAUCUCGUGUCUUUUAUUCAACCUCAAACCCCCUGAGAAGGAUCUGGAGAAGAUUCUGGAGUCAGCAGGGUUUAGUUACAUCAAAGACUUUUGGUGAACUAGACGUCUCAGUCCAUGGGUGUGAGCAUCACUCAUCAUACGUGUCAGAGACGUACAGCUGACCUCAGGGGGACACCUCUUGAUCAAUAAACAGAU